AUGGAACUAAUCGAUAUUCUUUUAUUGUCAUUUUGUUCAAAAAAGAUUAAAGAAAGGAUAGAAUCAACUAUAAAAUCAAGACUUGAUAAGAUCAUUUCCAUCACAUACACCUCUUCUGGGCCAGAAUACGCUACAAUUUCAUCUUCUAACACUGAUGACAAGGAGUUUAUGAAGUUGGUACCAAGAGAAGAAGGUAGAAACCGGCCUGACGUUCGAAUGAAUCUGUUUGGAAUCGACGUGGAUUGUUGCAUGGCAACUAGGAAUCAUCCAUUCUUUAUACUAUGCAAUCAGCAAAACGGAGAGCAAAUGUUACAGACCAUCCACAACUAUUUCAGACAGUUUUUCGGGUCAUCUAUUGAAUAUAACUUGAAAAAUUAUUGCUCGUCUUACAUACCAAGACUGGAGAACAUCAAAAAUACUACUCUUUAUUUUGGGAUUGAAGAAGCAGCUGCACAAUUGUUGGAUGGGUACUUAACUCUCUCACCCUCACAGGAAUAUAUCGCAGUCUUUUCAAGCGGAGGUUUUGAAUAUGAAAGAAAUCUGAAAUUGGCUCAGACCAAUGUUCUCGAUAUAGUGAUCUCAGGCAGUAGAGCUGGAGGGCUUUUAAAGAAUUUUACUGGACGACAACUGUUUAUAAGUGAUGGAAUAGUCACAGAUGACGAUGUCAUUCAGUUUCUGGACAGUUGGAUGUCAAAUCAAACACAUCAAAAUUUGGAGUACUUGAAAAUAAAUCGCGGGAGAGGAACUGAUCUAAAUCCAGAGAAAAUAAUGAGAAAUAUUGAUAUGAAACGAUUUGAUCCGAAUCAGAAGAUGCCGGUUUACCAGUGUGAUAAGAGAGAAGUUUUUGACUACUGGAAAAUAGAAGAAUUCAGUAGUCCAAACUUCAUAAUUCGAGAUACUGAUCAACACGUGACAUCACUGCAAAUCACAACACGAGGAAUCCAAUUUGCUUCAUGGAAAAUGACAGAAGAGGAGGUUAUGAGAGAGAGAAUUCAGAAGAAUUUCCAGAAAACUCCACUCCAAGAAGCAUCCCCUCCCAGAAACUCCAUCAAAAUUUCGAAAUUUUCAUGUCUAAUUCAACGUGAGAUCUUGUCGAAUAUGGAGUUGGUGGAUCUGUUGAUGAUGGCUUCUUGUUCUCAGAAAUUCUACCAAAAUAUUAAAUCAUUGAUGAGAAGCCGAUUCGACAAGAUAUUCACAAUCACUUAUGAGUCGGGAAUUUCGCCGUGUAUUUCAUCGUCUAGUAGUGGAGACGAACCAUUUAUGAGUAUCAAUCGGAUAUUUGAUUUCAGAGGUCGUCCACGUAUUUCAAUGAAUCUUCUCGGAAUGGAUUUACAAGUAAGUAUGCCAACCAGAAAUCAUCCACUUAUGAUACUAUCCGAUUUGGAACAGGAACAAACACUGCUUCCAUCUAUCCACAAUUAUUUCCUUGACUUCUUUGGUUCAUCCAUUAAAUAUCAAUUGAAUGAUCACGUCCUGACGCCACCAUUUUCAAAACUGAAGAAUAUCACUAGUACUGUUUUAUCGAGUGAUAUAGGAGUGGCUGAAUUUCUUAAGAUCUCUCCUAAUCAGGAUUUUAUUGCACUAUCUGAUUUUCAUAACCAUUUGCUUGGGGGAAGUCUGGAAUUUACUAAGACGAAAGUGUUAAAUAUCAGCAAAGCGUUUCGCUCGGUAGAUGAUACUUUAUCCAAUUUCAAAGGAAGACAGUUGUUUAUUGACGAUGGAAUCAUAAGCGAUGCAGCUAUCAUCCAAUUUCUGAACAAGUGGAAAUCAAAUGAAGGAUAUCAGAAUUUGGAGUAUAUCAGUAUUUCUGUCUCAAACCCUCUUAAUCCAAAUCAAAUAAUGAAUAGUAUUCCAAUCAAUCAGUUAGACUCAUCUGUUCAAGUGCCAGUUUUCCGAGUUGCUCGAAAAGAUCGUUAUGGGAAACAUUUUUGGAGAAUCCGUAAGUUCAGCAGUCCAAAUUACAUUGUGAGAGAUUCGGAUCAAUACGUGGCAUCCAUCUUGAUUACGGCGGAUAAUAUCACUUUUGCCGCGUGGAAUAUGGCUGAAAAGGAGUUUUUGGAGAAACGUCCCGUCAAGAGAAUCUAUUGA